GGAGUAAUUUAAAACGAAAAAUCAGAACGUAAGGAACUGGAGUUUUUCGUCAUUUCGGCAUUGUAGCAGUAGUAGCCUGUUCAUUACGAGCUACAGACACGUCUUUCAGUCACCUUCGGAAUUAAGCGAGGACUUUGCCUGCGCGUGACUUACAGUGAGCUUUACGUGAGUAGUGUUAACGUUCAAAAUAACAUUUUGACAACAUAGCAAUAACAGCCCUAGACUGCAUCACAAGCAAUACAGAUCAAUGAAGAAUGCGGGAGUGUUUUGGUGUUCUGUCCAGACGGAGUUAAUGAAGCCCUCGGCAGUAUCAUGCGUCUUCUGCCCGAGCCCAGCGCGCAGUCUUUGCGGCUCAUCUUUCUGCUAAUAUUCGUCAUGGGGGUGGCACCGUCCCCAGCUCUAACUGCGGGUUGCCCUGACCGCUGCGUGUGCGACGACCAGCUGGUGGUCCAGUGUGCCGGGCAGCAGCUGACCGACUUUCCCGCCGACCUCCCGCUAGCCACCCGGCAGCUUAUAAUCUCCAACAACCGUAUUGGUGAGCUGCCGGCGCUGCAGCUCAACUACCUGUCCGACUUGGUGUACCUGGACUGCAGCAACAACUCCCUCACGGAGAUAUCGGAGUCCACGUUUGGGAAUCUCCGAAAGCUUGCCUACCUGGAUCUGUCCUUCAACACUUUAGCCCAAAUAGAUGACCGGACGUUCGGCCCGUUGGCUAGUUUGGUGAUGCUGAGAAUGACGGACAAUCCCGGUCUCUCCGAGAUUCAUCCUGACGCUUUCUCGGAGAACGCUGCGCUCCAAGUGCUGGACGUCAGCCGGAACAACCUAACGGCUCUUAACAUCAGCACUCUGAUUGCCUUGCCUGCCCUUCGAUCUCUCGGACUGAGCGGGAACCCCUGGCGUUGCGACUGCGACACCGAAGACCUCUGUCUCUGGGUGCAAAUCGAAGGAUUCAAGUUUCAAGACGAAGGGCAGACUGUGUGCCGGGGUCCUCCAGACAUGACGGGGCAGCGGCUGGCGGAAGUGGGCAUGCAGCUGCGAGCGGAGUGCCACCAGGGCCUGGGCUACUGGGACUACCUCUUCUUCAUCGCCAUCGGCUUCGUCAUCUUCUCAGCCGGCACGGUGUCCGCCUGGGUGAUGGGGGUGCUCAUGGUGCUGUAUGAACGCUACAGCAAGAGGAAGAGCGAGGAGCUGGACAGUGAGGACGAGGAGGAGAGAGGCGGAGUGGGGAUUGGGAGUAACCAGGGCAACGGGGACCUGAAGAAGCCCAGCAUGCAGGUGUGA